UCUAAGUCUUCUCUACCUUUCACAUUAAACAUUUUUCCUAUCAUAUAAUAUUUUCAAAUUGAUCCAUAUCUAGUUUUCUUCAUCAUGAAGACAACAAGUAACAGAUUUGUGGGAAUAGUUCAAGCUAAACAGAAACUUCAAAGAACACUUUCACAAAGAAUUAGAAUGGCUUCAUCUGGUUGUGAUGUUCCAAAAGGCCACUUGGCAGUUUAUGUUGGAAAUGACCAUAAGAGGUUUGUAAUUCCAAUAUCAUAUUUGAGUCAUCCUUUGUUUAGAGAUUUAUUGGAUUGGGCUGAACAAGAAUUUGGAUUCAAUCAUCCAAUGGGUGGUCUUACAAUUCCAUGCACUGAAGAUUACUUCAUUAGUCUAACUUCUUCUCUUAAUUAAUUUGUUCAAAAAAAAAAAAUUAAAUGGGUUUAUGACAAAUUUGUUGACCCAUUGAACAAAAAUAUUGAUUAUUUUUAUUUUUUUUAUUUAAUGUGAAGUUAGAUAGGAGCAACUAAAUUUGGUCUCUUGAUCAAUUCAUGUUGUAUUGGAGAUUCAACUCAAUCUAAUAACUUUCCAAUUCAUGUGAUGUACUCAUUUAAAUUGUUUUUUCUAAAUUGAUUCGAGCAAUUUUAUCUGUCUCGAGAUGUAAACUGAAAAUUACAAUGUAACCUUAGCAUUUAUCAUUCAAAAAUAACUUGCCAUUUAUUUGG